CCUGUGGAUUAUUGUAAUCCAGCCUCUCUGUCACGGCGGGCUCGGUUGCUCAGUGUAUAGUCAGCGUUGUCUGGUUUGGAGCAGGUUGGAAGAUGGCUCUCUACGUGCAGCGUUUCCUGCUGGCCCUGCUUCUUCUGGGAGCUAACGUGUUAAUCAUCACUCGCGCUCAGGAGGCGGGAGUGUCUGAGGCGUGGACUAGCAGGUCUUGCAAAUGUGAUUGUGAAGGAGGAGAAGCCCCAACUGAGUUUUCCUCCAUUGGGACCGGCUCUUCCAUGGUGCGAGGAGUGGACUGCAUGCCAGAAUGUCCGUACCACAAGCCUCUGGGCUUUGAGGCCGGAUCGGUGAAUCCAGACCAGAUCACCUGCUCCAACGAGGACCAGUACACCGGCUGGUUCUCCUCAUGGCUACCAGGCAAGGCCCGGCUCAACAGCCAGGGCUUUGGGUGUGCCUGGCUGUCUAAGUUCCAGGACAGCAGUCAGUGGUUGCAGAUUGAUCUGAGGGAAGUGAUGGUGGUGUCGGGCAUCCUCAGUCAGGGCCGCUGUGACGCUGAUGAGUGGGUCACCAAGUACAGCGUUCAGUACCGCACAGACGAAAAACUCAACUGGAUCUAUUACAAAGACCAAACUGGAAACAACAGGGUGUUUUACGGAAACUCUGACCGGUCCUCGUCGGUGCAGAACCUCCUGCGGCCGCCCAUCGUGGCGCGCUACAUCCGCAUCCUCCCCCUUGGAUGGCACACACGCAUCGCUCUGCGUCUGGAGCUGCUGCUCUGCAUGAAAAAAUGCAGUUGAACCUCUCCUCCACGCCAUCCCCGAGGCCUUGUCCCAAAAGGUUAUCUACGCCUAAAUCGCCCCAUCGUCAAAGUGUGUGGUCUGUUAUUGCAUCCACAGAUUUGUCCCCCCCCCAACAUGUAUUAAACCACAAGUUGAAGACAAAAACAGUCUGUUUUUUAAAAUACAAACAACAACAGUUUGACUUAUGUGAUUUCAUUAAAAUAUUUGUUUGAUGUGCUAAAUGGGCUGCAUUCACUGCACUCUUCAUUUUCUGUUAAACCACUCUCAAUAGAUUGUUCCAUUUGCAGUGAAAUGGCAUAAAUUCAAAGCAAUAAUUAGGCAGAGAGAGAGAGAGAGACAAUGUUGCUAUGGAGGUUGUAUCCGAUGGUCUGAGACAAGCUCUUCAAAUACAUUUUUGUCCUGUUAAAUUAUGUCUGCUUCUCCUGAUGUGUAACAGUAUAGAACAGGGACCUCUUAGUCAGUCUUUCCUUAUUUCCCUUAAAGUUUAAAACUGGUGAUAUUCUACAUGUUUCUUGGGAUUUGUUUCUGUCAACAAAUCCCAUAAAAAGACCAAAACCAACAAAAAAUGUAUCCUACCAUCAAGUAUUGUUUGUGUGACGAAAGCCAUAUAUAUUAUUUUUAGUGUGUUUAUUUUUAGUACUUCCAAAAAAUAUUAAACAUCAAUGAGCCACACAGUUGCAUAUAUGUGACACAUUUGUUCAUUACAGAGAACAUAGGCACUGUAGAUUAUUUUGAGUCAAUAACCUAUACACAUGAUCUUGCUGCUCUAAAUACUCAAUGGUUCAAUAUGACUAAAUGUAUGUUAAUGCAUAGCCGAAAAUAGUCCCCAACAAAUGCUCUAUUUACUCCUGUUUGAGUAAAUGUUGCUAAAAAACUAAAGUGCCCAGCUGAUUUAGAAAAUCACUUAAAAAGCAUAUUAUUGUGACCACCUUU